UCUAGACCCAACACUCAAUCCUUUGCCUACUUUAUCAAUCCCUCGCCUGCUUCACAUCCAAGUUCUUCCGCCAUAGACCCAACCACCCAAUCCCUUAAUCUUGAUUCGAAAAUCAAAAUGGACCCCUCCCUCGUGAAGAUCCCGCCCAUGAAAGACCUAACCGUGGACAACAUCACGGAGAACGUGAUCCGCAUCAACUCACUCUGCCGCGACGAGCGGAUGAAAUACGUCCUCGAGCGGCUAGUCACACACCUGCACGACUUCGCGCGCGAAACGCGGCUCAGCACCACCGAAUGGAUGACGGGGCUGCAAUUCCUGACGGAAGUCGGGCAGAUCUGCACCGACGUGCGGCAAGAAUUCAUCCUCCUCUCGGACAUUCUCGGUCUGUCGCUACUGGUCGACUCCAUCGACCACCCCAAGCCCCGCGGCAGCACCGAAGGCACGGUGCUCGGGCCGUUCCACACGCACGAAGCCGAGGAGCUGGCCGCCGGCGCCUCCAUGUCGCACGAUCCGCACGGCCAGCCGUUGCUUGUGGUGUGCACCGUCAAAGACACGGCCGGGAACCCGGUCCCCGACGUGAAGGUCGAUAUCUGGGAGACCGACUCGACGGGGCAUUAUGAUGUGCAAUACCCCAAUCACGAGGGUCCCGACGGCCGGUGCAUCAUGCGCAGCGACGCGGACGGCGUCUUCUGGUUCCGCGCCAUCACGCCCGUGCCCUACCCCAUUCCGCAUGAUGGGCCCGUUGGACGGCUUCUGAAGAAGCUGGGUCGGCAUCCGUUUCGGCCGAGUCAUAUGCAUUUCAUGUUUGAGAAGGCUGGGUUUGAUCAUUUGAUUACGGCGCUGUACCUCCGGAACGAUCCGUACGAGACCUCGGAUGCUGUCUUUGGGGUGAAGGAUUCGCUGGUUGUGGAUAUUGGGACGGCGGGGCCGGAGGUUGCGGAGAAGUAUGGGGUGGAGGAGGGGCAUGCGCUGCUUCGGUAUGAGUUUGUGUUGGUUUCUGAUGAGGAGACGAGGGCGUUGCGGGCGAGGAAUUCGAAAGAGGCGCUCGAUCGGCUGGGGAGGAGGGUGAAGAUUGUGAAUGGGUUGCCUGUGCCUGAUUUGGAUUGA